CCACCGUCGGCGUCCUAUGCCCGAUUUCUGAGGGACCACACGUGCUACGAUCUUAUGCCUCCUAGCUCAAAGAUUGUCGUUUUCGAUAUGAGAUUGAGUGUUAAAAGGUCGUUUUUAGCCCUGGUUGGCAACGGAGUGAAAGCAGCUGUACUCUGGGAUACUGAGUUGCAGGAUUUUACGAGUAUGCUAACUAUCACAGACUUCAUCAAGAUACUCUACAGAUACCAUAGGGCUGGUGAGAUUGGAGUCGAAGAUGUUGAAAAUGACACCAUCUGCAAGUGGAAAUCUGUUUUUAAUUCGAGCAAUCUCAUUAGCUGCUGUCCAGAGGAUUCACUGUUUACAGCUUUGAAGCUACUCUGCCAAAAUAGGGUACAUAGACUGCUUGUUAUAGACAGCAAGUUAGGCAAUCCAAUCAACAUCCUCACCCACAAGCGAAUCCUGAAGUUCAUUCACCUCCACAUGAAAACAAUCCCGGAGCCAGACUUUAUGAACUCUCCCAUCUCAUCCAUCCAAACUGCCACUACAAAAAAUGUUUCCACGAUAACGUACAGCACGAGACUGAUAAACGUGCUGAGGUUAUUCAUAGAACACCACAUCUCAGCCGUGCCUGUGGUUGACGAGCGUGGAAAGUUGAUUGAUAAACUGGCGUACGACAAGCUGUACAGUGACCUUGGCAGGCCCGUCAGAGAGAUCAUGAGUAAGCAGAAGAGUGAAGUGAGUUUGGUUUGUUGGUUUGGUGAUACGUUGAAGACUGUUGUCGACCGGAUUGUUACUGCCUCUGUACAUAGGUUGAUUAUUGUGAACGAUGAUGAGGAAGUUGUUGGCGUUCUUACGCUGUCUGAUUUGCUGAGACAUCUUGUGCUUAUUCCUAUAGGUCUGUUGGUUGUUUGGUCGGUUGGUCGGUCGGUUUGUUGGUUGGUUGGUUUGUUGGUUGGUCAUUUGGCUGGCUGA